AUGAAACAUGACAUCGUUUUUGGUGAUCAUCGAACGAAGAUUCAUCACUGGACGCGCUACUACUUUUUUGUCAAGGUCGACCGUGCUUCGGUCGGGGAUUUCGAUCCUAGAAGGAUUGUCCCAAGGAAAGUAAAUACUACUCUAAAGGAGAAGUUUAGAACUUUACGCGACUUGAGUAGAGAGACUUGGGCGGAUGCGUUUGCCGAGACCGAAAGGAAGAAGAAGGAAAAGAAAGGAAAGGCUAUUGCUAUAGCGAUUCCUCUCCCUGAUAAGUUGCCGGGUGUUGCUAGGAAGACAGGCUUAAGGAAAAGGGCUCCGGCUUUGGUGGAUGAUGAUAUCCUGAUUUCUGAUCCUUUAUCCAAGCGGAUGAGGUCAGAUUCCUGCGAGCUAGGUGAUCUUCCUCAGUCACUGGGGUCUCUUGGGGGUGUCACCAGUGGCGAUUUCUCUUCUCGGACUGUCACUGGCUUCUACUGGUCAGGGCGGGGAUAUGAGUAUCCUGGAGUCUGGAGGUCUCCUUUAAGUGGAAAGGUGGUGCUCCUUUAA